AUGACUGCCCAAAUCAAGACACCCUCCGCCUUCUCUGAGGGCGAUGUCAUGCCUUGGAUCAAUAUCUUCUUUGAUCGACUCUAUCCAACUUUACCGAUCGUCAAUCGUUUCUCCUUAUAUCGGGAUAUUGUGGCUGGCCGCCAAAGUCAAGACCGCGACUUCACUGCUAUGGUCCUCUCACUCUCCGCUUUAGCCCUCGUACAGCCAGUAUUACGAGAGGAAUACGAGUCUAUGCCGUCCCGUAUCACUUUGGCCACAAACAUGCUUCAGGCCGCAAUGAGAUCGAGGACGCACACCUUCGGAGAGAACCUCACUGUGGUCACUGUAGUUGCAAGCUUCUUCAUGUUUGCUGCUCUUUUCGGAAUGGGGAACCAGAAUGCUGCUUGGCUUCGUUUGAGGGAGGCCGUUGAGUGUGGAAAGAUGAUCGGUCUCCACCGCCCAGAAACCUACAGGUACCUGGACAGAGAUGAAAAGGGCCAGCGCUUUCGAUUGUUCUUGAUCCUGUCCGUCACAGAACGAGGAUAUGCACUCCAACGAAAUCACUACAUCAGUUUCACUGGCCAGCACUUAUCAAAGAUGGAUAGCAUCUACAGGGAAAUCGAGGCCAGUGCCACGAGCCAUAUCUCAAGCAUUCUUGUCCAUGACGACAAAGACGUCACAGCGAUGCGUGGACUUCUGCAGCUGAUGAAAUUGUUUGAUUCUGUCGAUGAGGACGUCAUCACGUGCUGGAACCGAAGCUGUUCAAUUUCUCACGGCACCUGUACGAAGCUCACAACUGUGCAAGUCCAGAGAGUGUACAACGCCAUAUCUAGUGCCAUGCCGCCAACUUCAUCGCGGACCUCACGUUCGGAUCAAAACACGGAUGGCGCCUCGGCAGCGCCACAACCCACCAAUUCUAUCUUGAAUGAUCCUCAGUGGGCCGACUGCUUCGUGCUACAGCAAUGGCUCUUCAUCAGACUGUGGGUUUCCUGCCUGACACAUGAUUUGCUCGACGAGAACAGCAGCCUUCAUUUCAUUAGGCCAUCGUUUGCCAUCAAUGUGGCAACGAAUGUCUGGAACGAAUGCCGCAACCUCGAGACCAGUGUCCUUGAAGUUCACGGUAUUGGAAUGAUAGAGCGGCUGUUCGACGUUGCCAUGGGCAUUUGUAUGGCCAUCGAGCACUGUCAAGGUGCGGAACAUGCGCGGGUCACCGAGUCAGGCGUUGCGACACUUGAGCACUACUUUGGCUUACUGGACCAUCUACGAAAUGGUGGUCACACCUUUAGCGCUGCGCUUCGAGAAGCGUAUGAAUCUAUUCAGACGUGA